CACGCUGAUUUUACGACAGUGUCGUGAAGCGCUAGUGUUGUGGUCGGAAAUGUGAUCAGUCGUCCUCUGAGCUGAGAAUCAGUCGCCCUUCAGCACAGACAGAGAGCCAUUCUUCUUCAAACAGAUUAUACAGUAGCUUGAAACCAUGGCAGGGACGAUUGCACGGAAAGCUAUUGACCACCUGAAGAGCAAAGAGUUCAGGGAUUACUUGACAAGCACGCAUUUCUGGGGUCCUGUGGCAAACUGGGGCCUUCCCAUAGCUGCCAUCACAGAUAUGAAGAAGAGCCCUGAGAUUAUCAGUGGCAGGAUGACCUUUGCUCUGAGCUGCUACUCACUGCUCUUCAUGAGGUUCGCCUACAAAGUGCAGCCACGCAACUGGCUUCUGUUUGCAUGCCACUUGACCAAUGAGUCAGCACAGCUGAUCCAGGGAAGUCGCCUAAUCAAAUACAACAUGGAGAAGAAGGUGAAAUCUUAGUGGGAGUGACUCUAUGCUGCCUCAACAGCCACCUAAACCUGGACAUUAAAACUCACACGUAUAAACAUAUAACAUAAAAAUGUGGCACUUGCAUCAAUUUAACCUUUGUUACCAUGAUCUCUCACAUCAUGAACAGAUGAAGUCACUUCAUACCACACAGACAGAACAUGUACAGAGACGCCUUCCUCCAACAAGAAAGGUCAACUACUGUGGUGUCUUUUAAGGUUUUUUCAAUAUUUAACUAGACAAACAAAAUGUAUUGUUGGUGAUGAAUGUUCACUGAGCAAAUCAGCCUGACAGGUAGAUGCCUCGCAAUCAAGAUCCAUUGGCUGUUGUCCACUUUGAAAAAAGGGUAAAAUUAUCAUUAACCAUAAGUUAUCCCAUUUCAGGUCAUUAUUUGUCACCUUUCAACCUGCUUGUUCUAAAAUUGUGAUUAUACUUCAUACAGAAGUUAGCCCAGGGUCAGUUUGUGAAAAUAUUUCAUAUUGUGGUAGAUUAUCACUGACAACUGACCAUCAUUCAUUAACCUUUGCAUAACUCCAGAAGACACACAGGGAGCUACGCUUCUGUUUAUUUUGCCCUGGAGCAUAUUCUGCUGUGCAAUGUAAACAGAGGAUCCAAUUCACUGGGUUUUAUAACAGUACAAUAAUAAGGAUUAUUAAAAAAGUGCUUAAAUCAUCCCUGAGAAACUACACACACUGUAAAAUUAAGAUGAGACUGUUUAUAUUUUAAUCUUCUAUGACUGAGCAAGCUAAGCUGCUUCUGUCAGUGCUGACCAAACGUACUGUGUUGUCAUGUCAUUCACAUUAAUUUAUUUGCAUUGAAUUAUUCACACUGUUUUUCCCUGAUAAUGAUUUGAUUCUUGGGUUUGUUCAAAUAAACUGGUUAUGACCAACUAUGACACAAUCUAA